AUGUCCUUGCAGCACAACAGAAGCAUAGCAGAGCGCCGACACGAUCGCAGCGAGGCGGAAUCCAAAAUCAUGCAUUCGGCACGAUCACAACGCGUCUUGUUACAUAGCCGUGCAUCUGAACCAGUAAACAUGGAUAUGAAAGCUCUCCGGCAACUUUCGCAAGACACGUCGCUUCGUCGCCAAUCCGCCAAAACAGUUUCACACCGUCGCGAUGCUUCGUCUCUUGACUCUAGCCUGUCAGACAUGUCAUAUCGUUCUUCCCGCGAUGAUCUUGUCAAUCGGUACUCUGGCUCGUCUGGAUCGGUUGCGUUCGCUUCCGCAACCCGAAAGGAUAACGAGGCACGUAGCAUUGAUCUAGACAGGAUAGAACGUUCGCACGAGUACGCCGCGACACCUUCACGCUUGCGUCCUACAUCUUGCGACACACUGGAAGCGUCUGGAAAAAUCACUGCUUUGCCCCGAGUUAGUUUAUCGUUUGUCAUGGCCUCUCGGCCAACAUCUUCAUCAUCUUCAGAAUGUGCAGAAAAGAACGGGAAGCUGUCUCAAAACAUGAUAGACUUCCAUACAGUCCAAGAAGUCAAUCACUCAGCAGACACCGUCGAGGCUUUGGCAGCCGGAACCAAGUCCCAAUCGGACAAGAAAAUGCCAGUGCGACCAUCUACAAUCGACGGAAACGAUAUUUCUGGAGACUUUGAGCAGUUUGAGCGAAACACUGCGCCAGUGUUAAUCACUGAAUGUAAGUUUAUGCCCGUAUGUAGUCGAAGUGAGGAUCGCUCAGCGCAGUUAUCUCUACCCCGAACCAAGAAAGAGACAGCGCCCAAAAGCGUUCCUCGCGUUCGUUUUAACUCGUUCAUCGAGAUAUGGCAGAACAACCAGUUGACGACGAUUUGUCCAGCACAGCCUCGUAGAAUGAGAUCAAUGCGUCCAACGCUCAUCACCAUCGAUAUACAACAACAACCUCUCGCGAUGGAAAAAUUGAUGGCAUGGUUUCCCCAUGCUGCCGAGGAACACGCCGCGAAAGCGAGACGCGAAGAACGACGCGCAGAGAUUUGUGCAGAAACUCGCGCAAGGCGCCGUGCUGAGGCAAUGGAGCUGUUGCAAUCCAAGGGCCCAGUUACACCCCCGUUCAAGCGGUCAGCCCUCGACAACUUCCCCAGUCCCCCUCAAUCACCGAGCCCGCGCCGUGUUGUCAACUCGCCACGUCCUAGACUUCAACAGGUGCAUUCGCCGUGCCCUACGUGUCUACCCAGCGGAAGGUGUCUUGCCGGCAGAAAGUGCUCAAAUCAUGAAUCUCCACCGAGACAAACACAAAGCACUGCUAAUUCUUAUUCCCUUACACCGACUAAGAAGCCCGUCACUCGCAUCCAUCUUCAAAAUCAGACAACAUCAGAAAAUGGCAAAACAGAUUCUCAAUGGGAUCGUGAUAUGGCUACGCAACUCGGUCUUGGUGUUUCAUUAGCGACACUUGAGUCUGCAGAAGCUCAGAGACACGACGGACUUAUUGCGACGUCCAAGACGCACGGCAGUGUGCGGUUAACAGGUAUUAUUGGUGGUAAUGAUGAGAAUGAGAGCUCGGAUAGAGAGCUCCAGAAGAAGAGAACAUUCGCCUCGCUCCGUGGAUUCAAGGCUUGGUUUGGGGAGUCGAGCGUGAAGUCGAAGUGA